CUCAGAUUUUCAUUGUAAUUGUUUUCGUGUAAAGAAGCAAAACAAAAGUGCUUUUUGCGUACAAAGAAACAUAAUUAUCUGAUCUGUGCUCAAUAUUUUCGUUGGUAUUUUCCAAGUUAAAGUGCAUUUCAAGUAAAAAUGAAUCGAUUAUUUGGUCGUGGUAAGCCAAAAGAGCCCGGACCAAGUAUUGGCGAAUGUAUUGCAAAUGUUGAUGCACGGGCCAAUACAAUCGAAGAAAAAAUUAAUAAAUUAGAUGCUGAGCUGCGAAAGUACAAAGAUCAAAUGGCUAAGAUGCGUGAAGGACCGGCCAAAAAUGCGGUAAAACAGAGAGCGAUGCGAGUUUUAAAACAGAAAAAACAAUACGAAAGUCAAGUUGAAGGUCUUCGAAAUCAAUCGUUCAACAUGGAACAAGCAAAUUAUGCCACCCAAUCAUUGAAAGACACACAGUCGACGAUUUCAUCAAUGCGUGACGGUGUCAACCAAAUGAAGAAAGAAUUCAAAAAUGUGAAAAUCGAUGAAAUUGAAGAUAUUCAAGACGAUAUGGCCGAUAUGCUUGAACAGGCGGAUGAAGUACAAGAGGCUUUGGGACGUACAUACGGUGUUCCGGACGUUGAUGAGGACGAAUUGGCAGCCGAAUUGGAUGCUCUUGGCGAAGAAAUCGCACUUGAUGACGAUGCUUCUUACUUGGAUGACGUUGUAAAAGCCCCGGCUGCCCCAGACAAGGAACCCGGAGCUGAUAGCAUGAUUCGCAACAAAGACGGCAUACUAGUAGAUGAAUUUGGAUUGCCGAAAAUACCAUCCACUACAAAAACUACAUAAGCGUGUCUAUUUUACAUUAUUUCUCUUCUAUAAAAAAUAAUUUGCUUACCAGAAUAAACAGUAUCUUUAUAACCGUUUUAAUACAAAAUCACUUCACAUUUGCACCAGAGGUGAAUCAAAACUAAAAUGCAGUUUACAUGAACGAAACCGAAUUAGUUUAAGUGUGCAAAAUUGUAUCCAUGAUUUCUUAUGAAUAAAUAUGAAGAAAAUGAA